UGUCACCACAUAAAACUAUCAGAUGCUUCGAGGAAGGACAUGGAGACAACUACUUAGCUUAUCUCCAACCCAGCAGAGCAGGCACAUCUUUUACCAGCUUCCCUCAUUCCAUUGCUGGCCAGAGAAAUAACACAGGAGCUUAACCCUGAUGCUGGAGUGAAGAUCAGAGUCGGACCCAGAACAAGUGACCAGGCUAGAUCUGGAUCUGAAUUAAGAGCUGAAGUAUCUGAAUUAAAAAAAUAAAUACAGAGGGUUGUGUUUGUGGACAAGAAAGAUCUGUAUCCAGGCUGAUCUCCGAAUGCAGAGUGUCAACUUGUGAGAACUUCCAAGGUAUGUGUAUGUGAUACUCUGUAUACAGCACCAGGGUUCUAUAUUUUAAACUGUCAGGAUUAUGUACUUAGCUGAGAAUUCAAAGUGAUUUUCAAAUUGAAGGCCAGAGUAAGUGAAUGCAUAGAUGGAUCAUUUUUUGUUUUCGCCUUAAAUUCGAAAUUCAUCUUGAAUUCUUACUUUAUUGAAUUACCCUGUAUGUUCAAUCUGAAGAAUUAACAAGCAUGGAUUAGUUUAGAACAUCAAGAGCUGGUUUUCUGUUGUUGUUGUUGUUGUAAUAGUGAAUAUGUAGAUGUAGGACAUGAAGCCUAUUAUGAAAGUGAGAUUUGAAUCUUGUUUUUCCAACUGAUGCAGAUACCUUUGAGCAGUUAAUUGUCAAUGCAUUGUUUUAUUGUAAAGUCCGUUAAUGAGUUAGAUUAGCAGAACUGAUGUGUUCCCCUCCAUCUCACGCAGAUCUCCCUUCUGACUGCUGUGAGAAGAUGCCUCGCCCUGGGAGGAAUACGUACAGUGACCAAAAGCCCCCCUACUCCUAUAUCUCUCUCACAGCCAUGGCUAUCCAGAGCUCCCAGGAGAAGAUGCUCCCUCUCAGUGAGAUCUACAAAUUCAUCAUGGACAGGUUCCCCUACUACAGAGAAAACACACAGAGGUGGCAGAACUCUCUGAGACAUAACUUAUCGUUUAAUGACUGCUUCAUCAAGAUACCCAGGAGACCAGACCAGCCUGGCAAGGGCAGUUUCUGGGCACUUCACCCCAGCUGUGGCGAUAUGUUUGAGAACGGAAGUUUCUUGAGGAGAAGGAAGAGGUUCAAAGUGAUGAAAUCGGACCACCUUGCCCCCACCAAGCCAUCAGAUGCCGCCCAGUAUCUCCAGCAGCAAGCCAAGCUCAGAUUAAGUGCCCUUGCUGCUUCAGGCACUCACCUGCCACAGAUGUCCACGUAUAACCUGGGGGUCUCUCAGACAUCCACUUUUAAGCACCCCUUUGCCAUUGAGAACAUCAUUGCAAGAGAAUAUAAAAUGCCAGGGGGGCUUGCCUUUUCCACAAUGCAGCCAAUGUCAGCUGCCUACCCACUCCAUAACCAAUUGACUACAGUUGGCAGCCACAUAGGCACAGGGUGGCCUCACAUGUACGGUUCCAGCAUGAUAGACACAACUACACCAAUAUCAAUGGCCAACAGCGAUUACAGUGUGAGUGCUUAUGGAAUGCCCAUUAAACCUCUGUGCCAUGGGGGACAAACUUUACCAGCCAUCCCAGUUCCCAUUAAAGCAACUCCAACUACUGUGCCAGGUCUGCCAGCGCUCCCUACACAUAUCCCAGCCAUCCUAUCAAACUCUUCUCCAUCCAUGAGUCCAACAUCUCCUCAGACAGCAACAAGCCAAAGCAGUCCUGCUACUCCCAGUGAGACUCUGACAAACGCACCAACUGCCCUGCUUUCAGUGGCUGUGCAUUAAUAUGGCCUGAUGGACUUUACAAGGCAACUCUUUCUCCAAAGUUUACUCACAGCUUUUAUUUUAAGGAGUUAAACAUUCAUCUAUGUCAACGUUCAAGCUCUUAUCCCAACUUGACUUCUGUGGCUGUCAUUUCCAUAUCCUUAUACACUUGAAAAUCUGUAUUAUAUUCCCUUUUUGUUACACGAGUGCCAUUUGUCAUCAUGUUUUAUUACAGUACAUGGAAAACAAAAACAGUAACAAACUCAUAACACAAAACAAAACAAACACAGAAUAUAAUACUGGACACAAUUGUAACCAUCAUUCUAACAGCAUAAUCUUUUUUUAUUUAUUGGUAAAUCAUGUGUUAUUUCUGUACAGAGAAUGCAGAACUUACAAAUAAUAUACAUAUACAACUUCCAUAACAGACUAUAGAACAAAUAAACAAACAAACAAACAAACACACCUGCAUCCACUACCACUCAAUUACUAAAUUAUCAUUAAGUCUUUAACACUUACAGACUUUGCUAAUCUAUGGCCAGUUUAUUUAUACAGAAAGAAAGUGCAAUUCUUUGUACUGUGAAAUUGUAAAUACAUUUUUUUUUCACAACAUAUAUGCCUGCAAUAUAUAAAACAGUUACGUUACCUUUGUAACAUAAACCAACUACACAAAACAGUUGAUUACAAUGACAUUGGAAAAACAUUCUCUGGAAAAAGCAAAAUCUAAAUUCUCAGCAUACACAAUACUGAAACAUUCUGUUUACAGAAAACAAAACAUACACUCCCUAUUCCUAAUGUAUAUAAGGAACCUGUUGCUCUGAAGAUUGUUUGUCAGUGUCACUGUUCAUUUAUAGCACUGUCUGCUAAUCAGUCCACGUGGAAGAAUAUAUUUAUAUUUUGGGAGUUUAAAAAUAAGUCAAAUGUGCAUAGGUUUCGGUUUUAAAGUCACCAAGAGGGAUUUUUUUAAAUUCUUGCAAAACUUGAGAUUAUGUGGUGCAGAGUCAGUUUUCAUGUGAUACCAUGUCAAAUAUUUCCAUAAUAAUCAAAAUAAUGAUUGAUAAAUAUUUUAUCCAGUUAUUCUGUAUUGGUAAAGACACCCUCCUUUCAAGAUGUAGAUAAGUUGUCUUCACACCUCCCAAAUUAUGCAAGGGAGACAUCUGUAAAUGUUUGUGAAUACAAGUGAAAUGAUACGUGUAAAAUGCACUUUUAUUUGGCCCUCGUUUUUCUAAUUUUUAAAAUUUGCUGAAGACUGGAAAAAAAAUAAAUUAAAAAACAAAACAAAAACAAUUGCUUUGUAGUGAAUUGCUUAAGUUAAUUCAACAUGUCGAAUGUCACCAGAAAUGUAAAGAGAUGAAUUGUCGAACCACUAGUUGUACAGAAGGCAUGGCAUUUGUUGAUGUGUGUAGCUUCAGCAUGUGUGUUUCCAGAAGGACAUGAUGAAACUUUGUCUGCGUUAAAUUAUGAAAAC